AGUGGAGACAAAGAGGGAGGGAGAGGAGGAAUAACGGACUGUGGGUGUGGGAGAAGACAUGUAGCAGACAGAGCUGCGCUGCCUGAAAGAGGAGUCAUUCCUGAUGAAAACACAAUCUCCUGCUUACAAAGCCUUAAAGUCUUAAGGUUUUUCCCUUUAGAACACUGAGGCCCCUUUCCUUUCCUGAAGGUGGAUCCGCCCAACAGGGACAAGAAGCCUCGGUCCACUUUACCUCCCAUUUGCCGCAAUCCCCUUCUACACAGGACAUCAAGAGACAGAGGUGUCCUUCGCUGAUCUGUUAGAGCUCCUGUGGCUGACCACACACAGAAAUGGCCAAUGUGUGCCCGUACGGCUGUUUCACCCACGCUGUGGUCAGAGGCAUCCCAGAGUCCUUUGGUCAACGUGCGGAUGGAGGUGAGAGUGUGGAAGUGGAUGUGGCGAAAGCGCAGCGUCAGUUCGGGGUCCUGACGGGGGCUCUGAGGCAGAAGGUGGGCCUGCAGCUCAUUGAGAUCCCGGCAGACCCAGAACUGCCAGAGAGUUGGAGGAUCGAAGACAUAGCAGUCAUUCAGGGAGACAUGGCACUCAUCACACGGCCAUUCAAACAGCUGAGACGUGCAGAGGCAGACGCAGUGAGGCGGGUUAUGAAUGAGCUGAACCUGACGGUGGUGGAGAUGGGGGUGGAGGAGGGGGGCUCAGGAGGGGCCACUCUGGAGGGCAGUGAUGUUCUCUUCACCGGAAGGGAGUUUUUCGUGGGAAUCUCCAAACAUACCAAUCACCGCGGGGCUGAGGUGCUGGCUGACACGUUCAGGGACUUCGCUGUGUCCACGGUACCUGUGUGUGGGGGUUCUCGCCUGAAGAAUGUCUGCUCCAUGGGAGGUCCUGAAACCAUUAUCUUUAGCAACAGUGAGGGGGCCAAGAAAACCCAGCGGAUGAUGGAGCAGCUGACGGACCACCACUAUGAUGUUUUAACCGUGGAGGAGGACGUGGCUGCUAACUGUGUGUACGUGCGCGGUCCGGCUAAAGUGGACUACCUCCUGCACCCCACCGUCAAUGAAUGUCCCAACAGUAUACCUGCCUUCCAGAAGCUGCCUGAUUACACUCUCCUCCCCACAGCCUGCAGCGAGGCCUCCAAACUCAGGGGGGCGCUGUCUUCUUUCUGCCUGCUCAUCAACAGGAAACUCAACUACUCAUAAAUAUGCCCACAGCCAGUUUAUGAGGAGCCUGGCCACUUCCUAUUUCCCCUGUUAUAUCAAAAACAGGACUGCAGAAGAGCAGAGGGUGCCCGCAAGUGAGUCCUCAAUGAAUGGGAGUGAAUGGAGCUCAACGGCUAAUAAUGAACAGUUAAAAUAGUUUCUAAUCACUUACACAGAACGGUUCUUUAAUUUUAGAAAGUUG